AUGGCGUUAGAGAGCAAGGAAAACUUUCGAGCGCAAUGCGAUGUAUGUCUUCGUGAUGAAAAUGCUUGCUUCGCCAAUUCGGAUCCAAUAUUCGAAGGAAAGAAUGUGUUGGCCCUUGUUGCACAGCAUCUGGAUAUAGAAAUUAAAUUGACCAGCGUUUGUCAGCCUUGCUGGACCAGGCUGGAAGAGUUCGACGAGUUCUACCGGAUGGUAAACGAGCAGCACCAGCACAACGACAACGGUAAUCAUCACAACAAAUCGGACCCUCCCGACGAUACGAAAGACCCCGUUGAUCCGGACCCGAGUAGUAUGUUUGGGAUGGAAUUUGUAGAAAUUAAACAAGAACCACUCGGGGAGGAAGAUCGAGAGUUGGAUGUAGCCAAAGAAGAAAGAGAACAGCUCGCGGACCUUGACGACUGUGGCCAGCUAUCGACCGAAUCGAAUGCGGGGGACAACGAUGGGGAAGAGAAUCCCAUGCACGACGACAGUGGUUCUGCGUCGUCGGACGAAAGUGAUGAUUCCUACAGAGCGCAACCAGCCACAUACAAAAAAAGCUCCACCAAGCAGCAGCGGCAACCGUCAGCCCGAAAGGAGCUGAAAGUGGACACCGAGAUACUGGAGUUUUACAAACGGCUCGUGUGCGAGGUAUGCGAUGCGGAACGAAUGUUGGCGGGCAAACCGUCGAUCGAGUACGGCAACUUGCGCGAGCUAAACAAGCACAUGCGCAAGGCGCACGAUCAGGCGGUCGCAACCAUGAUCAAGUGUCCGCUGUGCGACAAGAAGUUUCGCUACCGGGGUAAGAUGAUCGAGCAUCGGGACAUGCAUUUGUAUCCGGAACGGUUCCGGUGUGUGGUGUGCCAGGAGGUGCACCAGAACAUGGCGGAGCACAUGAAGAACAAGCACCAGGAGCGUACGUACUGCUGUGAUGAGUGUGGCAAACGGUUCCCAUUCAAGGCUCGGCUUACGGCACACGUGAAGAAGAUGCACACCACGAAGGAUGUCGUUUGUGAUCAAUGCCAGAAAAGCUUCAGCAAAUACACCAUAGAGGACCACAAGCGGGCGGUGCACGAGUCCAAGUUUAUCUGCGAACACUGUCCGCGAACGUUCAAGUCACGCUUCUCGCUUGAGCAGCACAUGGAGGAACACGUACAAGGGCUGCGCAAAUCGACAGCCGCUACUUGCGACAAGUGUGGCGUGGUGCUACGGGACAAGUACACGCUUCAGUCGCACAUCAAGCGAAUGCACACGGAACAUGCGCCCGUGAGCUGUGUAUCGUGCGGGAAGGUGUUCAAAUCAAAGCAAAACCUUAAUGCACAUCUGGCGAACGUCUGCACGGAACGAUCGUUCCCGUGUCCGAUUUGUGAGAAGCAGUUUAAGAAGAAGAUUAAGCUUAAGGAACACAUGACGACACACACGAAGAGUGCACUUUACCAGUGUCCUUACUGUACGAAAACGUUCAGCUUCGAGACGCAGCUGUACACGCACCGGAAGCAGGCCCACUACGAGCAGUGGCUGGAGAUGCAGCGAAAGCGCAAAGAGGGCGUACGGUUUAAGGUUAAUUGGAUUUCGGAUGCACCCGCCAUCUGGAAAAUAUCAUACACAAGGCAUGCGAUGGCUAUGGAAAUUAAAUGCGAAGUGUGUCUGUCCGCGACAGGAUGCGAAUUUAAGGAAAUUUUCAUCGAAGAAAACAAACAUAUUGUAGCAAUCAUAGCGAAACAUCUGUGGUUUGAGCUAGCUGAAACGACAGAAAGCAGCUGGCUGUGUGGAAAGUGUUGGAAUGCUUUAAAGGAAUUUCACAAAUUUUACUGCGACGUAGAAACGGCCCGACGACGACAAGAAUCACCCACCCUAAUCGAUAAAGAGGAGGAUGAUGAUGAUGAGGAAGAAGUUUCCGGUGGUAGCACGGAACCCAAAUACAGGACGGAAUUUUUCGAAGUAAAAGUAGAACCGCUCGAACUGCUGGCUACCGGCGAAGAGGAGGACGUUCACUGUUCCGACGAAAAAGCGUUGCACUGUGCGUUUGUAAAAUGUGAAGAACCGCUCGGAUUAGAUCCUACCGCACCCACAUCCGACGAUGAGCUCGGUAAUCGGUCUGACUGUUCGUCGGGCGAUGACAAUGGCAAAAGCCGGCUAGAGAAGAGAUCCUCAAAAAAGCUUCCUCCUAUCGAUGAUCAGGCCAAGCAAAGUAAAGCGAUCGCACAGAAGCAGGAGGAUGAAAGCUUGCACGGUUUUUACAAACGGAUCGUGUGCGAAGAGUGUGAUAAUCAGCGCAUGAUGGUGGGCGAACCACAGAUCGAUUUCGGCACCUGGCGUGCACUGUUGCGGCACACGAAAGAGGUCCACCGGCAUGACAAGGUGUACGUAAAGUGUCCGCUGUGCGAACUGAAGCUGCGCACGAAGCAAACACUCUUGCAGCACAAGGAUUGUCACGAGAAUCCGGAAAAGUAUCGCUGUAUGCUGUGCGGCGAGAUCCAUCAGAACAUGAAGGAGCACCUGCAGAACAAACAUCAGGAGCGACAGUUUUGCUGCGAUGUUUGCGGGAAAAAGUUUCCUUUUAAGAAACGGCUAACGGUGCACAUGAAGAAGAUGCACGUGGAAAAGGACAUCAUUUGUGAGCAGUGCCAGAAGCCCUUCACAAAAUACACGAUCGAAGAUCAUAAACGAUCUGUACAUUCGGCGCGCUUUGUUUGCGAACACUGUCCAAAGACGUUCAAUAGCCGCUUCCGGUUGCAUCAGCACAUGGAAGAGCAUGAUGAAAGUUUGCGGAAUUCCACCUCCGUACCGUGCACGAUAUGUGGACAGGUGAUGCGCGACAAGUACAUUCUUACCAGACACAUUAAGCUAAUGCACACUGUACAACCGUCGGUAAGCUGUACCACGUGUGGGAAAACGUUCAAAUGCAAGCGCAAUCUUUCAGUACACAUGACGAACGUGUGCCUGGAACCGACUCGAUUGUUUCCCUGUACGAUCUGUGGCAAGGAGUUCCGGCGCAAGAAUAAGCUUAAGGAGCAUAUGUCGACACACACGGGGAAGCCUGUGUACAAGUGUUCCUUCUGUCCGGAAACGUUCCGUCAGGAUACGCACCUGUACUAUCACCGGAAGAAUGCACACUACGAGCAGUGGCUGGAGAUGCAGCAACAGCGCAAGGAGGGUGUACGAUUUAAAUUGACUGAGCUAACGUAAUUGCUUUACCAACUAUUCAGUGAC